UGUCCUUAUCGUUUCCGUUUUCGUUUCGUUUUCGUUUAGAGCCGUAUUCGAAUAGUUUUUUCCAAUUUCGGUUAAUCGUAAUUUAACAUGUAUAAAACUUGCGACGUCGCGCACGAUCUUUUUCGGUAUUUUUUUUUUCAAAGUACGUUAGUAAGUGAAUGAAAGUGCUGAAUCGUCCGUCGCGUGAACCAUAGUGACCUCUGCUUUCUAUCAAGCGUGACGAAACGGGCAUGUCUGGGCAUGUCCAGACUUGUGCGAUUAUUGCCGACAAUCUGAUGUUGAUCUCUGUUAUGGAAGUGAUUAGUUUUCUAUUGCGAGUUUAUCAUAACUGCAUAACGCACGGUGGAAGUUUUAAAGGUAAAGAUGGGUACGGUAAGGUGUCGUUUGAUUGAAUAGCAGUGCAGCAAUACCGUACCGGUAGCCUAAUGGAAUCGGAGUUUAUCUGUGCCAGUACUGCAGUAGGCUACGGUACUAGUACAGUCAUACGGCACUGUGCCGGGCGGCAGCAGAAAGAGAGAUUUUGUUGAAAUGAAUAUCGGUAGAUCUAGUUUCUUUGAUUGUUUAUCCAGUCACAUAGUAAAUAUCAGUAUAACAUAGUCUACAAUGGCAUUGAGGCGAGGAAGAAAGAGGAGUUCAGAUGUUUGGAGUCAUUUUUCAUUGCCUAAGGAAAGGGAGGAUAAACUGAUAGUUACAUGCAUACAUUGUAAUGAAGAAUUGUCUUACUGCAACAGCACAGGAAGUUUAAUUAAUCACAUGAAGGCGAAGCACCCUAUUUCGAGGUACUAGUGCUGUAGUUUAUGUCAAGUGUAAAUCAGAUCAACGUUCUGACAUUAGCUUAAUAUAGACCAGGGGUCAGCAAGCUUUUGUUGUUUGCGGGCCAAAAUUAAAGGUUGCAAGUCAUUGGCGAGCUGCACAUAUUUAAAUAAAGUUAAAAACUGAGGGGAUGGCAAAUGAAUCAUGUUUUUUUUACACUGAUUUCGGUAACAUCUCAAGCAUUUUAAUAUUUUUGGCUUCAUUAACCACUUGCACUACUUAGCAACAACUUUUUUUCGUUAUGUUGCCAUUUGUCUAACUAAAAUCAAUUCAUAGACUCUGAAACAAGUAGUUUUGAGUUACAUAUAGGUAAUAAUAUAAUUUAGUGUCUCAAAAUAAAUUCUGUUACUGGUACACAGAGGCAAUCGUCAAUACAGCUUUUCUGCCGGCCAGAUUCUAUUGGGCCAUAGUAUAGUUUGCUGACCCCUGGAUAAACAGAACAGAAAAACCACAGUUUUCACUCAUUUAUCACAAAAAUACUCUUAUAAGUGUUGCACUGGACGCCCUUUCUUGUCACAAUGCUGACUAAAUAUUUCGUGUUUAUUUUAGCUUGGGUAGAUCAGAAGAACCUUCCACCAGUACGUCUUCUUCACAUGGCCAAAUGACAAUGAUUCAAUUUGGUCAAAGGCCACUCAACAAACAAAGGGAUGCUAAAAUCACUUCUUUGUUGGUGAACAUGAUAGUAGGUGACAUGCGGCCUGUAAAUAUGGUACACGGUACCAAUUUUACGAAGUUGAUGGGUUAUAUAGAGCCCAACUACAAAAUACCCAGCCGUCAAUUUUUUACCCGAGAAAUAGAGGCCAGAUAUGUAAACUGUAAACUCAAACUCAUUGACUUUCUCAAAUCAGUUGAAAAUAUGGCUCUGACUAUGGAUAUGUGGUCUAGCCCCAAGAUGGAGUCCUACAUCGGAAUAACAUGCCAUUUCUGGGCGGGCCGUGACAUAAAAAGUUAUGUCCUGGCUACCUGCCAGGUUAUUGACAGCCACACUGGACAGAACAUCGCCUCGUGGAUUCGUACUUCCAUGGAAGUGUUUGCGAUACCCCCCAGUAAAGUUGUUGCAGUUGUAACUGAUAAUGGGGCCAAUGUGAUAUCGGCUAUUAGAGUAUUGAAGGAAAAGUAUGGGUGGUGUUUGCACCACAUACGCUGCGCUGCCCAUACUUUGCAACUCUGUAUCAAAGACUGCCUUAGUGAGACUUCAAUAAAGCGUGCAAUAGGAGCUGCGAGGCACUUGGUACAGCACUUCCGUCACUCCCCAAAGGCAAUGGACGAAAUCAGAAAAAGAUAUACCGCCAACAGGGAGCCAGAUACUCCACCGACCAUAGAGUUAUCCAUGGACUGCACCACGCGCUGGAACUCAACACAUGAUAUGCUGAAAAAUCUUUGUAACCAUCAAUGGGUGAUAAGGCAGUAUUUACAAACUCUGCCCAUAUCAAAGGCAGCAACAUUGGAGAUGAAGGACGAGUACUGGCAAAUUUGCCAAAAACUGGUGAAAUUGUUGGAAGAUUUGAAGACUGCUACUACUGCAUUAGAGGGGGAAAAAUAUGUGACCAUAUCGUGCCUUAUACCCAUGGUGCGUGGCCUGCACAAAAUCUAUAGGCCGACCCAAGAUGGAACAUUCCAAAACAAAUUCAAAGAAGCAUUUAUCAGUUCUUUAAAAACCAGAUUUGACAGCAAUGUGGCUCAUGAUAUAUAUAAACUGGCCACAUUUCUGGAUCCAAAUUACAGAUCCAGAUUUUUUACAAGAUCCGAGAUUGCCCAGAUUAAAGUUAAACUUGAAAUGGAGGAUAUGGGCCACGAUCAAGCUGGGUCAUGUGAAACUGUUACACCAACACCAGUAUGUGAUGAGCCCAACGCUAAAAGCAGUUUUUCAGACAUACUUGAAUCUGGGCAGGUUUCUGAUGGCAGCGAUGAUUCUUCUCCCAACAAUGAAGAUUUGAUUUUAGGACAAAUAAACUGGUACAUCCAGAAGAAAAUUGGCGGCAAUGCUAUUCCUAUGGAAUGGUGGAGUGAAAAUCGCACAGAGGCAGAGUAUUUAUUUGCUCUCGCAAAUAAAUAUCUUUGCAUACCGGCAACCUCCGCGCCAGCAGAGAGGGUGUUUUCAAGUGCCGGCCUCACAAUAGGCAAACUUCGAACCAGAUUAACCGGAAAACAUGUAGAAGCUCUAAAUUUUUUACAUUGCAACCAGGAUUUAUUAUGAAAAUACAUUCAUGUGUGCACAUAAAUUUCAAAAUGUUUCUGUUUCAUGUCUCAUUUUGAUUGACAAGCAGGACUGGGAAGUCUGAAACUAUGGUGCUAGAUUAUAGCCCAGAGAAAUUUUAGUAGCUCCCACUCCCAACCAUCUUAUUAAUUAUUUUUUGACUUAAAUAUUUUUAUCAUCGCAUACAAAUAAUAAUAAAAUCUACCUUUUUCGGCUCGUAAAUUUCUACUUCAAUAUAAUAAUAUUGAUUAGAAUAUUAAAUUAAAUUUAUAUACAGGGUGUCUCAAAAGUAAGUAUACACUUUUUAAUUUCAAUUUGCGUUUAGGUUCUCGUCAUAGAUCGUUAAUUUUUUUCAAAAAACAUAGAUUUAGGUAUUGUUCAUCAUCCCACAGAAUGACUCGAAAAAAUAAUGUGCAAAAUUGCUGUUAAGGCAAGAAACAUAAAAAUCAGUAAGGCAAACUCGUCAAACUCAAAGAAUUUUAAAAUUGAUUCAGGGUGUUUUCCUCAGUACGUCCCAUCCCACCCUUAAUAAUCUCUCUGAUCUUUGUGCAUGAACUACAUAUCCAAUUUCCAUAGCUUUACGAUGAAAACAGUGUUCGCCGUGUCUGGGCCAAAUUCGGUUUGAAACGCGAAAACAACAA